GGACUCCGGGAGUUGGAUCUGAGGCAUCAUGGACAGAUCAAAAGAAAACUACAUUUCAGGGCUUGUUAAGGCCACGGUUCCUCCACUUGAUGGUCCAAAACGCGUUCCAGUGACGCAGCAGUUUUCCGGUCAGAAUCCGUUACCUGCGAGUAGUGGUCAGGCUCAGUGGGUCCUGUGCCCUUUAAAUUCCUCCCAGCGCAUUCCUUCUCAAGCACAAAAGCUUAUCUCCAGCCACAAACCAAUUCAGAAUCAUAUGCAGAAGCAAUUACAGGCAACCAGUGUACCUCAUCCUGUCUCUAAGCCACUGAAUGACACCCAGAAGAGCAAGCAGCCCCAGCCAGCAGCACCUGGAAAUAAACCUGAGGAAGAAGUGACAUCAAAACAGAAAAAUGAAGAAUCAAAAAAAAGGCAAUGGGCUUUGGAAGAUUUUGAAAUUGGUCGCCCGCUGGGUAAAGGAAAGUUUGGUAAUGUUUAUUUGGCAAGAGAAAAACAAAGCAAGUUUAUCCUGGCUCUUAAAGUGCUGUUUAAAGCUCAGCUGGAAAAAGCAGGAGUGGAGCAUCAGCUCAGAAGAGAAGUGGAAAUACAGUCCCAUCUUCAGCAUCCUAAUAUUCUCAGACUGUAUGGUUAUUUUCAUGAUGCCACCAGAGUUUACCUAAUUCUAGAAUAUGCGCCACUUGGAACAGUCUAUAGAGAACUCCAGAAACUUUCAAAGUUUGAUGAGCAGAGAACUGCUACUUAUAUCACAGAACUGGCAAAUGCCCUGUCUUACUGCCAUUCAAAGAGAGUUAUUCACAGAGACAUUAAGCCAGAGAACCUGCUGCUGGGAUCAUCUGGAGAGCUGAAGAUUGCAGAUUUUGGCUGGUCAGUUCAUGCUCCAUCCUCCAGGAGAACCACUCUCUGUGGUACCCUGGACUACCUGCCCCCUGAGAUGAUUGAAGGUCCGAUGCAUGAUGAGAAGGUAGACCUCUGGAGCCUGGGAGUUCUUUGCUAUGAAUUUUUAGUUGGGAAGCCUCCUUUUGAGGCAAACACAUACCAAGAGACCUACAAAAGAAUAUCACGGAUUGAAUUCACGUUUCCUGAGUUUGUAACAGAGGGAGCCAGAGACCUUACUUCAAGACUGUUGAAGCAUAAUCCAAGCCAGAGGCUGACUCUCAGAGAAGUACUUGAACACCCCUGGAUCAAAGCAAAUUCAUCAAAACCAUCAAGUAGCCAAAACAAAGAAUCAAAUAGCAAAUAGUCUUAGGAAUCAUGUAGGGGGAGAAAUCCUUGAGCCCAGGGCUGCUGUACAGUGUCAGGAACAUGCUACUGAAAUCUGUUUUUACUAUUGAUGGCCUCCUUCAAUCUACAGCACUACAGGAAAUGUUUCUUACUGAACAGGCAGGGCCUCUGCCUCUCUAUUAGUAAAUGUGACACUGAAGUGAAUGUAGCCAUGAGAAUAAGGCUACUUUACUGGUUCGUGGCCUGGAGGCAAGGUUCAACUGCAGCCAUCCCCGCAGCCUGGGCCAGCCCUGGUGUCCUUGUAGGAGAUGCGCUGAUUCUGGUUGUGGGGAAGUGACCAUUUGUCCUGACUCGAUCAGUUAAGGAGCUGUGCAAUAAUCUUCCAAGUACCUGGAGUGAGUGUGUUAUUUAUUGGGUGUCCAAGCUCAGUAAAGCUGUUGGAAUUAAUGUGAUCCUUUUAAAUGUUAAAAGUUUUAUAUAGAUUUGUGUCUUCUCCCACGGCAGUCCCUUCAGAGUGGCCUCUGUGUCAGGCCUGGUUGGGUUUCAAGUCCUCCUUAACCACUGACCUCCCAGGAGAUGUUGUAAAAUAGGAACACGUGCUACCUCCACUGCAGGACUUGGCUUGGGAUAAACAAGACCCAUGUGUCUAAGAGCCUUUAAGGGGU